GUGACGCAGUGUGAGUGAUGGUGAAGCCUUGUUGUUGUUUCGUUUCCUUUCCUAGUUCCGCCUCCUGUUACCCGCUGCUGCCUGGCUGUAGAACCGCGCUCUUCCCGGGAUGUACCUGCACUCAGUAUGGAUACAAAAAGAGUGGAGGUUCCUGACGGGGUGUUAGACGAUCUGUGCAGUCGGUUUAUUUUGCAUAUUCCCAGUGAGGAGCGAGAUAAUGCUAUCAGAGUGUGCUUCCAAAUAGAACUGGCCCAUUGGUUUUACCUGGACUUCUGGAUGCAGAACUUUCCUGGACUACCUCACUGUGGCAUAAGAGACUUUGCUAAAGCAGUUUUCCAGCAUUGUCCAUUUUUACUGCCUAAUGGUGAAGACGUGCAGAGAGUCCUGGAUGAAUGGAAGGAAUACAAAAUGGGAGUGCCAACAUAUGGUGCUAUUAUUUUAGACGAGACCCUGGAAAAUGUACUGCUGGUUCAGGGUUAUUUAGCAAAGUCUGGAUGGGGCUUUCCCAAGGGAAAAGUGAAUAAAGAAGAAGCUCCCCAUGACUGUGCUGCCAGAGAGGUAUUUGAAGAAACAGGCUUUUGUAUCAAAGAUCGCAUGUGCAAUGAGGAUUUCAUUGAACUGAGGAUAAAUGACCAGCUUGCUCGUUUAUAUAUCAUACCUGGUGUCCCUAAAGAUACAAACUUUAAUCCUAAAACAAGACGAGAAAUCCGGAACAUUGAAUGGUUUCCGAUAGAAAAGUUACCCUGCCAUAAAAACGACAUGACGCCUAGAUCUAAGCUUGGAUUGGCCCCAAACAAAUUUUUCAUGGUGAUUCCUUUUAUUAGACCAUUGCGAGACUGGCUUCAUAAGAGGCUGGGGGACUCCUCUGACAGUGACAAUGGAUUUAAUUCCACAGGCAGCACACCGUCGAAACAGAACAUUGAAAAAGCUAACUCCAAAAUGAAGUGCAUGCAACUAUUUUCUGAAGUUUCUUCAGCAGAUCCUUGGACAAAAUACAAGCAACAACAGAAGCCUUACACAAAUUUUAAUCCUGUAGAGAUGUCGGAAAUCUUAAAAAUCAAGAACCAAAACCUUAAGAGCAAUGGUAAAAAGCAACAUCAAGAUUCUCCAAACCAAAAGAAAAAAACUAAUGGGAUACACAAUUCACAAACUAAGCAACAGAAUAGUAUUUUGCAACGGUCAGAAAGGAAACUUAACCCUAGACGGCUUAAUGAUACCUUUGAAACAGACACUGCAUUAGAUACUUGCUAUCCCAGUGAAGAACACCAUUAUACCCAUGGAGACAAUGGCCUGGAUACUUGCAAUAGUGAUCUUCAAUCCCAUUUCUGUUCCAGAGCUUUUAUGAGCUUCCGAUUUGACAGAGAUGCUAUAAUGAAAUCCUUUGAUCUCUGAUUUACCAGCAGUUGAGCAACUUUUACAAAUGCAAAGUUUUCAAUGUCAAGAACAGGUUUUAAUGAAGCCUUACCUUCCUCAGGUGUUUUUAUGGACAUGCAGGGAUUUAUUGGUGGCUUUGAAUAACUGUGUCCUAGGGACACUGAUGUUUGCUUGGUCUAAUAUCAUUUUAUUUUUUUUCUGAUUCCUGUUGAUUUUUUUUUUUUUUUUACAAAUUGCCCUCUUUUUUAUAUCUAUAUACACAAUUACCUUUCAGUGUUUAAAUAUUUCAUGUUUCAGUAUAUAAUCUGUGGGCAUUGUAAAGUAGUAGUGUUUUUUUUUAUUAUUAUUAUUGGUAACAGAGGUUAAUGUUCAUUUCUUUUCCCUGAUAUAUAUGUGACUUGAUUAUUAUUAUUUUUUUUUUUUAAAUUACAGCCUGAAUGUAGCUUGAAUGUGUAAUAUUACGGCAACUUUCAGUGUUCUUACCACUUGUCCUAACCUUGUGUUUUUGUUGCCUUGUACACACACAGCAGACUUGCAGAAAUGAACCCCUACAAUAUAAAGUGGCACAUUUUAUUUCAUGGUUGACAUUGAUGUCGGUAUAACUAUAGCUUUACGAGUCUGCUCUUGCUAAUAUAAAUAUUUUUAGCUGCUGCUCAUCAUGUAUAAAAAGCAUGCUAAAAUUGUGAUUUGUAUAAGUAACUUUAGCAUUGGUAGGAUCUCGAAAUAUGCUCAGCUUGUUUUUAAGUCACCAUGUCUAAAUUUUGUAUAUCAUAACUUGUAAAUUUCUGUCACUAGAUUAAGAAAAAAAACAAACCUCAUUGAGCACAUGACGAGCACUUUAUGAAGUCAUAUUCUUAAAGCAUCUUAUUCCCUAUUCUGUUGGUAUUAGCGGAUUUGAGCAGUGUGAAAAAAGAUGGCCAAGGCUAAAUAUUUUGUCCAUAACUUUAGUAUUUCAGAUGCAAUGACUAGUAUUACUGCUACUAUUCUCCACAUUCUCUCUUUACACCAUGUUGCCCAACUAUCCUAUUUUGAUGACACUCGUAUAUGCAAGUGGCUGGUUCACUUUCUAGUAAAUGUAUGUGUCAAUUAAUUUACUGCAUAAUGAAACAUUGUUUUUAUUUUUGGAGAAACCAUCCAUUCCUACUAUGGAUUACCUUCUCUGCACUGAAAUGUUUUAUGGUUUAUCAUGAAUUGCCCACAAGUCCACAUUAUAGAAAAAUAUUUUGUUUGCAAUCCACUGAAUUGCUUUAAAGUUGAUUUAAUUAUUUCAAAUGUUUUUCUUAUUUUUGUUAUUAAUGGACACUUGUUAAAGAUUUGCUACUGGUCGACAUUUGGUAGCUGUUUAGUAAUCUCACUUUGCGUUCACUACAUCAGAUAUUUCUCAUUCACUCACAUGUGCAUCUGUGCUUUACCUCAUAAGAUGCCCUACCGUCUCCAUCUUGUUUUGUAGCACUUGCUUUGCUUCUUGUACUUUGCACAAGUAUUGAUUGCUAAAAUAACUAAACAUCUAGGUUUGUAGUGGUGGAUAUUUAUUCCAUCAUAUCAGUAAUACAAAAGAAAUAAAACAAAACUAUGCACUGGAGUUAUUUCAGCAUUUUAAUGUAGUGCACAAAAAUGUUAACCUGUAAAUAUUCAGAAUCCAUAGACUGACAUGGUAUAAUUUUAUUUUUUUGUUUCACUUGUCUACAUUGGGUUACUGUCGUGCUAUUUAGAUGGAAUGACAGAAACAUCAAACCGUUUAGAGGGAAACCCCUCUUCCUUCUGUCCUCUCCCUUGCCUUGUGUUCUUGGAUUCUCUGAUUCCUUUGUCACCUCUCUUCUAUUCAUGCAAACUACAAUAGUUUUGCCAAUUCAUCUGGAUCUUGCUAUUUCAUUUCUGUGAACUGCAAGGGCCCUUUUUUACCUGCUUCUUUUGUGCUUCUAGAGACUUUACCAUACAGAAGUUCCACCAUCUCUGCAUGGUGUACCUUGGGCUAGCUCCUUUGACACACAGUUCUCUCACAUACCCUUCCUGUAGACAUGGAACCUGGGAUGAACGUUGAGUAGCUUCCUGAAAUCUCUCUAUGAUAACAAAAACUCUUGUACUGUAAAACUGCUACGUUAAUCUAAGCUUUAUAUGAAUGUGAUAUAUUUAUGGCUGCAGUUGGAAUUUCCAGUACUGAGUAUUUGAAAAUCCACAUUUUUUCCAGAACUAAAUUACAUGGCAAGGGGCAAAAUAAUGAAAGGAUUUUGCAAAAUUGUUUUACCACACAUAACUAAAUAUUUUAUAUUAAAAUCUUAA